AUGCUGUGCGAACCUUGCCAGUACGUCGUGGGUGAGAUUCAGAAGAACCCGCCGGGCAAAAGCACAUUUCGCCAUCAUGCCUCAAUCGGUGAUUGGGAAAGAGCUGUGCAGCAGAAUUGUCUCCUUUGCCGGCGAUUGGAGCAUUAUGAGGUUAAAGUCGGAGCCCAGAAAAGCCUUGUCGCGGAGACCUUCCCUCGGUAUUUGUAUCGCGGAGACAGUCUUGUAUCAUUCGCCAUUCGCACCGACGAAGAUUUCCCGUGUCAGCUCAACGGGUUGUUCUGCUUACAUCGCAUCAAGGCUGAAACGGACCGCCUAACGAUUCCAAAUUAUGUACCUACCAACGCUGUCGGCUCGCCCCAGAGCAUGGCCCUCGCUCGUCAAUGGAUUAGUGAAUGUAUAAAACAUCAUUCUAAGUGUCGACGCACAGAAGUUGCCUCGAAAUCUGUUUGGGCCCCAGAUCGGCUUAUUUAUAUUGACGAUGAGAAUUCGCGCCUGAGGCUCGUCCGUGGCGCUGAUGUUCCAUCUGAUAUUCCUUACACAACCUUGUCCCAUUGCUGGGGUCGGGUCAAGGACAAGCUCGUGUUGACCCGGGCAAACAUUGAAGAGUGGCAUGAUCAAUUGCCGUCGUUGGGGAAGUGGAAGACAUUUGUGGAUGCUGUAGAGAUCAGCCGUCAGCUACAAAUUCGAUACAUGUGGAUCGACUCACUUUGCAUCAUCCAAGAUUCGAAAGAGGACUGGCAGCAACAAUACCCCCAGAUGUGUAAUAUAUACAAACGGUCCUAUUGCAACAUUGCAGCUACUUCGGCAGUCGACGAUACCGAGGGCUGCUUGUUUGAAAGAGAUAUUACCAUGGACCUUCCGUUGCGCUUAUGUUUUGCUACCGAGGGAUAUCAGUCUACAGCUGUCGAAAGUAUGGUAAUUCCAGCUAUAGACAUUGGCAAAGAUUCUCUACUUGGACAAUACGAUUUAUGCAGGCAGAAUACGUGGGUUCAUGACAUUACCUACUCCCCGCUAAAUUCUCGAGGCUGGGUAUUACAAGAGCGCCAACUCUCACCACGAGUGCUCAACUUCACCAAGACACAAAUGUACUGGGAAUGCGAUGAGAUGCAGGCCUCCGAAUCACACCCGUAUGGUCUAGCAGAAUCCGGUGACUCGAACCUGAAAAGCAAGGCUAUAAAUCCAUUCAGGCUCAAAAAUGCGAAUAUCGAGGAAGAUGCUCCAGUCGGUACUGGAACUAGCCCGUUGAUGAAAAGGGCAUUCGAUAUCUGGGCCAAUGCAGUGUCAGCCUACACUGUCGGUAAUUCUGAUCCUAGAUUGAGUGAUGGGUCACCAGGAUUCAAUAAGAACCUGACGAAUCCGGCGGACAAGUUAGUAGCUAUCUCGGCUAUUGCGCAUGAGCUUCAACCCUACAUGAACUGCCGCUAUCUGGCUGGCCACUGGGAAACUGAUCUCGUCAGGCAGCUUGCUUGGACCGGCUCGAACGGCAGUCAGCGAGUAUCAACAUAUCGCGCACCAUCGUGGUCUUGGGCAAGCGUCGAUGCACCGAUUCAUGUUUUUCACUCUCUCUAUGAGACGGGAGAGGAAUUUCAUCCCCUGGCAGAGGUUUUGAACGUCGAAGUGGAAUUAUUGACCGAUGAUCCAAUGGGCCAGGUGACUUCAGGAUCUUUGACUUUAAGAUGCUAUCUCAUUGAGCUGGAAGUUCAAUGUCUCCUGACUUCACGUUACGGACUUUUUCUAGAGACAGAGACUGAAACCAUUAUGGUCAAUGGAGAACAAACACGCUUGCAUAUACAGCUUGAUGACGAGCACUCCCGACCAACAGUUCCCUGGAGUGUGUAUUGUGUUCCAAUCAGUCUUCUUAUUGAUUGGAUGACGUCGCCUAGUCAUCCCAAAGGAGCAUGGACCUUGGACUUCCGAUCGAUUCUCUUGGAAAAGACCGAAAUUGAAGGGAAAUAUCAGAGGGUUGGAUUCCUAGGUUCUCGGUUCGCGAGUGAUGUUCUAAUGGAAGACUUUGUGAACGAUCCGAUACUUCGAGCGAUCGGGUCAUUCGAUUCAAGCAAAGAGGAUGACUUGUUUUCACUUGAUACUCAAGGAUUACAGGAAAUAAAAAUAGUUUGA